AUGUAUUCGAAUCAAAAACUAGUUAUUGAUUUAUUAGUAUCUAUGUUUGCAACAUUUAUUUUAAGUACAACACUUUUAUCAAUUUCAACAACGAAUUGGAAUAAUAAUAAUAAUAUAAAUCAUGAUCGUAUUGGUUUAUUUCAACAAUGUUCAAAACCAUGUUGUUGCGUUGUAAAAGAAUUAAAUCGAACAAUAACAUUAUUAAUUUUAUUUAGUAUUAUUCUUCUUAUAAUAAGUACAAUAACAUCAUUUUUAUUAAUGGGAACGACAAUAGGUGAUCCAAAUCGAUAUUAUAUACUUGUUCCAUUGACAUUAUUUGGUGCAGGUUUUGCAAUGACAUUAGCAUUCAUGAAAAUCUAUGAACAAAUGAAUCUUAAUGGUUAUUCAGCCUUUAUUUUUCUUAUUGAUACUGUUCUUGCUUAUGUUUUAGGUGGUAUUACAAUUUUACAUGGUAGUAUGUUUUAUUUUUAA